AAAAGAAAAAAAAGAAAAAAAGCCCUACCUGUCCCGGACCUGCUGAGCUAAGCGGGAGUUUGCUGCGUGACCCGCCUAAAGGAUCUACGAAUGAAUGAGCCUCCUGUCCCGAUGGGGACCUCGAGGCCCCGCGGGGCUGCGAAUUUCGCGGACGCUCCGGACAUCCUGGGGCGUGCCGGGUCCUGUUCGCGCAAGCUGGGGCGCGGGGCGGCCCUGGCUCCCGGUGGCCGGAAUCCCGCGGUGUCGGGGGCGGCAGCGGAGGCUAGGGCGAGUGGAAGCCCAGGCGGGGCUCUGGAGAACCGCCCGGCGGCUGAGAACCUGGACUGUGAGCCCUGGGUCAGAGAGAAAGUGCUCUUCCUUCUGCACCCAGAGAGGUGGCUGGGGACUCAACGGGACCCUGCGCAGGAAGAAGUGGCCGGUGGGGACGAUCUUUUCCCGGCGGCCGGAGACGACUGGGAACCCGACGGCCCGUCUCUCUUUCCGCGAGAAAAGCGAGUUUUGGGCAGCCGUGUAGACGCUCCCUUCAUAGUUCGGCCGCGGGACCCUGCAGCCCCACCCAGGUCGGUGCUCGUGCGGAUUGUGGACUAUCAGGCGACAGAAGAAGUCUUGUGGACUGCAUGGAGGAAGGGGCAGAUGACCGCACGGACCGAGGAGCACUCCAUGAGCGCGAUCACUUUUCGCACCAACAGGGAGUGAAGCGCCCGGCUGUGGGCGCCAGGACUGCGGAGAACCCCGGGCUCUCCCGCAUGGGGAGAGACGCCUCGAGUCCACCUGCGGGGAGAUCACCUCGCGGUCCCCAGGGACUGGAUUGCCAGAGGAUAUAAAACAGGAAAGAGGAGCCUGAGGAAUGCUGCGGGAUGGUGGAUGAGCGCGAAUCCUUAAGCAGAUGCUCUUCCGGGAGCGCCAGCCUGUAAUUAGCCGACAGCGAGGACGUUUUAAGAGGCUGGUCAGCGCCGCUGGGAGGCAGGGGACACCCCAGACUGAAUGAAGAACUGUGAGCAACAUAGUACCUCCUUUGUGUCUUAAAUACUGGGACGGUCUGGGGACCUAAGUCAUUGGAAGAGGGGAAGGAAAGGUAUUUUCGAAUUGGUAAAAUGUGGGCCUGUUGAAAUACGAAAAUCUAUUUAUGGUUAAUUCUCACUUUGCAAUACAGAUUCAUUGAUCUCUUUCCCUGCCUCCCCGCUCUUUCGGACCUAAAUUAGAAGUGAGGGUUGAGGUCCGCUCUCUGCAGAGAGAGGCUUGUUUUAAAGCUAAAAAAAGAAAGUAAAAAGGCAUGGGAAAAUCAAAAUAAAGCAGCAAGUAAACAAAAUCUUUCCUUUUUUAAACUUUUUUCUGAUGUGCACAUUAUUUUCUUUUUUUCAUUAAAAGUUAGGGGAAAGAAAACUAGGAAAAGAAGAGUAAGAGAACAGAAGACCCAACUUUGAACGUUAAGUGCCAUUUAAAGGGGCUUUACUACCCCCAAAGUAUCCAGUCGAGUAAAAAUGAUUUUUAUCUGGUUUUUAUUUACUUUUACUAUUUUAAAUUUGGCAGAUAAGUCUUAUCUAAAGGUAGAUGAUUUAUAGUUUGCCCUAAAAUAAUUGUAUAUCUUAUUCCUGCCCAUUGUUUCUUAUUAAUAACAUUUGUAUUUAAAACUGGAUUGAAAAUACAUCCCUCUUGAUGCUGUUGGGGAAAAAAGUCUCUUCUGGUGCUACUGAAAUGUCUUUUUAUUUGUUCCUCUUUUUUAUUAAACACCAUUUUUAUUACCUCUGUAAGUGCUGUGGUCUGGUUUGGAGGUCUGUGAGGAGCAAGCAUUCCCUCUAGAGAUGAACUCCUGACUUGAGCAGGCUGAAGGAGUAUUUGGUUACUGCAAGAACUAACAAAAUAAGUGGGACGCUGGCCUUUGAAGAAUCAACUGUUGAACUGUACCCCCUACCUCACUCCUCACUCUGUGCUCUUUACUUUCAGUUUUGAAAGGCCCUCAAAUAUAUAUCCCUGUUUUACAGUGAGCCAACCUCGGUAUUGAGGUCAUGUGGCUUAGUUAAGUCACAACGUAGUAAUUGCAUAGGCUUACUAAGUAGGUAAGAAUAUGAUCUUCUCCCUUCUAAAGGUUUGAGAAUGGCCUUCAGGGGAACUUACCUGUAAGGAGUCAAAAGAAGAUAGGGCAUCCUGGGUUUUCUGACUCAUGUUGAUGGGAAGUGCUAGAAAUGCCUUAAUGCUCAGGAGUCCCACCAGAACUUUUGACUGGAGGAUCACCGCAGCAGUUCUUAAGACUAUGAGACCCACACUUGAGGGAGGAAUGCAGCACCUGACCUCAUUUGUGUUCAAAUGAGGUGCUUUUCUACUUGGUUGUAGAAAAGAUAAUUUAGGCCCCAUAAAGUGAAUUAUCUUUUCCUCCAACAACUUUUGCCUGGCCCUUGUGUGAGGUUAAACUUCUUGGCAGACUGUUUUCAGGGUUUUCAGGCCUGACUUGGUAAAUAUGGUUGUGAGUCAUUAUAUGCCCCCAGGUGACUGAGCAUUGAAUAUGCAGUCAGUAAGAAAAGCCUCCUUAACAUGGACCCAUACAUCAUUGGUUGCCUUCUCUCUGGAGGCCAACCGGGAAAUUUAGCUUCUUGUGUUCAAAACUGUCCUACUUCUUACUGUGACUCUGGGCAAGUGCUUAAUCUCUGUGUGCCUCUGUGUCCUUAUUCAUUAAGUAGAGGUAAUAUAUAGUAUUAACCUCAUAAGGUUUUUUCCCUAGGAUUAUGGUAAAUGAAAAAUAGUUAAAAUAAUACUUUGCAUAUAAUGAAUGCUCAAAGUUAGCUGUGUUGUAAUUGUUUAAUUCACUUUCAUCCCAAGUAGGCUUUAGUCUUUUAUUUAAUUAAAAAAAAACAGCCAAAGGCAUACAACACAAGAAAUUCUGUACAACCCAAACUGGUGAUUUUUAUUGACUCUUUUCUGGAUUCCUAAAAGAAAAAACUUCUCUCUAGCUUUUCCCAGCAUUUAAUGGAUCAGUAAAUACAUCCUUAAAUCUCUUAGCAAUGACCUCCACGUCUUGUGAUAUUUAUCCUGUGAUUCAAAGGCCUAAGGUAUACAUUGAUUGACAGGGUAUUUGAGGAGGUUUCAAGUCUGCUUAGCUCCCUGUGGGCAGUAAAGGUUUAAAUACUUUCCUUAGGUAUCAGGUUUGUUCUCCUGGGAUUUUAAAUCUGAUGCCCUGUUGUCUCAGAAAAACAGAAUACACAGAGUUUUCAUUUUUUCUCCUUUCUGCUAAAAAUGUUCAAGUCAGCUUAACUCAUUUUUUUUUCCAGCUUAACUUUUUUUUUUUCAAGAUUUUAUUUAUUUAUCAGAGAGAGAGAGGGGGAGAGAGCGAGCACAGGCAGACAGAAUGGCAGGCAGAGGGAGAAGCAGGCUCCCUGCCGAACAAGGAGCCAGAUGUGGGACUCGAUCCGGGACGCUGGGAUCAUGACCUGAGCCGAAGGCAGCUGCUUAACCAACUGAGCCACCCAGGCGUCCCCCAGCUUAACUCUUUUAGUCCAAAUAUAUUUAGGUUAAUUUUAUCUCAAGUAAAAAUCAUUUUUAUUAUUAUCUGUUAAAGAUUUUACUUAUUUAUUUGUCAGAGAGAGUGUACACAAGCUGGGGGAGCAGCAGGCAGAGGGAGAAGCAGCUUCCCCACUGAGCAAGGAGCAGGAUGUGGGGAUGUGGGACUCAGGCUCUGGACCUUGGGAUCAUGGCCUGAGCUGGAGGCAGACUCUUAAAGGACUAGGCCAACCAGGUGUCCCUGAAAGUUAUUUUUAAAACACUCCCCAACCUCCUUGUUAACUGCCUGUAAUGCACUUAAUAGAUUUUCUUCAAACUGGUAUAUCCCUGGUAGGAAGUAAUAAGUUGAAGCCCUGUUGAAUUUACUUCACAGGUUUUCCUGAUCCAAGGAGAACCUGGUUGUGAGAGGAGCUGAGCAUUCUUUCCCCUUCACAGUGUCCUAAGAGUGAAUCCAAAGUGAUAUCUGAGUGUUCCCAAUAUGAAUAAACCUCUGAGAAUGUCUGGGUCUUUGCUCUUUGGUCUUACCUCCGCUUUGUGGAAAAAUGUGACCAUCUAAAACUGCCUUAGGUGCACGAAUCAUAGCAAGGAUUUCCAGAAGCCAUGUGGCCACUCAAGGGACCAUAAGGUAAAUAUCACACAACUGCCAUUAGGCAAGUGUUGACCUCUCUGAAGACCUUUGUCCACAACCUCCAAGGCCUUUGAGAUUCAUACAUUUGAUUUGAUGUUCUUAUUCUUGUUAAUACCCAAUGUGCUUUUUUGCCUAUGAAAAAGGAGAGGGACUAAUCUUCCUGUUGAAAGAAAAAGUUGUACUCAUUGCAGAAAAGUUUGAGGAAAUAUUUUGCUAGGAAGAAAGACAAUUGGGAGUAAAAGAAAAUUCACCCUUCCCCCAAAUCUCUUAAUAUUUGGUAUGCUUUCAGUCUUGUUUUACGUAUUUUACUCUAUUUUAAUGUGUAUUUUAUUCUAUUUUUUUAUGUGUAUGUGUAUAUAUAUAUAUAUAUACACACAUUUUCUUGGCAUAAGCUAUAUAUAAAAUCUGAGUAUUAUAAACUGAGGUAUACGGAUACUAUUCAGGGGGAACCAGGAGCAUGAACAUCUCUAAGAAUGUUUUUUAAUCUCAGACCUCAGUCCAGAUCUACUGAAUCAGAAUUUGCAUUCUGACAAGAACUCUGGGUGUUCUCAUUAAAGUUUGAGAAACAUUGAUGUAUACGUGCUGUAUUUAGUCCUGCUUUAUCACUUACAAAAACUAGAAAGUUUUCAUUUCCUCCCUGUUCCCCAUUCAUUAAUGAUCUUUGACAAGGCCAUGGAAAUUACCCCACUUUGUAGAAUUCGGAAAGCAUUUAGAGAUUACAGAAGAGUGAAAUCAUCGAUACUGAUUUGUGAAUCGGCAAGGAGAUCUCUAAAACUAUAAUUUUUUUGAGAGAGUCUUACUAUUCUAAAGUUUCCUAAUGAAACACUGAUCAUUGGAAUUCAAAUUGUUUCUGAAAUGUGGUUCUUUUACUGUCUCAGAAUGGGAGACAAUACUUGUUUAAAAACGCCUUGAGGGAAGAAGGGCAGGAAGUCAGGAAAGAAAGCACAGUUGCCACACUUCUGCAGGCUGAGUCAGGACAGCCAGCUGUGUGCACUCUCUGCUAAUGUGUGGGGACAGGGUGGGGAGAAAGGCGGAGCUUGAAUGUGAAUAAACUGCUUCAGGGGAGAAAACAAAGGCUGUGACUCUUGGACACCCUGACAGGCUUACAGCUCUAGAUAGUACUUAGCUCUUUAAUUAGGGAGGGUAAAUCUUUAUAAACUUGCUAGAUGAAGAUAAGAGAAGACAACAGUGCAGUUUACUUUGCAAAGAAGAAGAAACAGUUCUUAUUCACUGUGCUGCCAAUAUUAGCCACAAAAUGGUAGACUUGAUCACUUCAAGGCGUGGAAUUAACUUCAAAUUCAAAUUCAGAUUCUAAGUGUAAGAUAGGAUGAAUACUUUUUGGGGGAACUGCAACCUUCACAAACUUGGACGGACAGAGGUUCUGGUUUGGUAUUGGAAGGGAGUCAGCCAACAUCACUUGGCACUUGGCAGGGAAGCAAGGCAGGCAGGGUGGUGAGAAAGCUUGACAGAGACCAAGAUGACCUUAAGGCUAUCCUCAGCUUGACUAAACUGGGCAAGUCUCUUUCUGACUGCUUCUCCCCCUCCCUUCUCCUAGAGUGGUUUCUUUAAAAACAUGCAAUUGCAAAUUCAUUCUUUGCCUUAUUGGCAUGUAAAUCUUUCAACUUCUUGUCUGUUCCUCAUCAAAGGAAUGUCUUUCUCCAGGGUCUGGGAGCAAUCUCUUGGAAAUGUAAUCAAGAAAGACAGGGUCCCUAACUUCCAGUCUCUGGGAGAUGGAAGAGCCCACCUCAAUAAGUAUCAAUUAAUCAACAAGAUGGAUUAAUUCAGUCUCUGUCUCCUAUUGCAAUAAUUGCUUCAAUUUAUUUAUAAAAAGUCUUGAAUAAAUUUUUCCUUGCCUGCUCAA